GUAAUUCCUAUAGCAAUGUCUUGUUCCCUCAUCUCAGGGAACCGACGUUACAUGUUGAGCAUGAAAGCGCAGGUGGAUGUGGUCUGCUGUAAAUCAGUAGGAACUGAUCUGUCCAUGCUGGAUAUUGAGGAUUUCAUCACAGAAAUCUGUCAGCUGAAGAAAGAGGUGGCUUCACUGGAGACAAAGCUGAGAGAAAGAGGAGACAAACUGAACAGAGAGGAUGUGGAGCAGGUUUCAGUGCGUGUGACUGAUGGGACAGAAGCUCAGGAUUCAGUCUGGAGCGUCAGAGAUCAGAGAUCCAGAGACACACAGGACUCAGAGCUCAGCCUCACUUUACUCUGUUAUACUGACGCUCAGGAUCAUGAAUCCACUGAUCAAACCUCUGACUGUAAUGCUGGAGAACAGCAGAUGCUGCAGACGCCGCUGAAGAUGUGCUCCGUCAAACUGGUGGACUGCAGGAACCUGAUCGAGAGCAGAGGAGAAGAAACCACCGCAGAGAAAGAACAACAAACUGAUGAGGAAGAGCAGGAGGAUGAUGAUGAGAAUGAGGAUGAAGAUGAUGAUGAAGAUUUCAUUCCUCCAGAGAGCAGAGGAGAAGAAACCACCGCAGAGAAAGAACAACAACACACUGAUGAGGAAGAGCAGGAGGAUGAUGAGAAUAAUGAGGAUGAUGAUGAUGAAGAUUUCAUUCCUCCAGAUGACAAAGGCUGUUCAUCUUCUGAUGGAGAGACAGACUUAACAUCAAAAGAGCAGCUGAAGAGUUUCUCCUGCAGCACCUGUGGAAAAACACUGAGUUCAGGGGGUCAUUUAGCGAGACACGAGAGAAAACACACAGAACUGAAAGACUUCAGCUGUAGGAGAUGCAAGAUUCGCUUUCCUACCGCAGAAGAGAGGAGACUUCAUUCAAAAGAGCACAGCGGGAAGAAGGAGUUUCACUGUGAACAGUGUGGAAAGGUUUUUUUUAUUCAUUCUAGUCUAAAAGUUCACUUGAAGAGUCACGGUGAAAAGUCUUUCCACUGCAGUGAAUGUGACAAGUAUUUCAGCACCAAAUCAAAUCUUGAUGCUCAUAAGCGAAUCCACACGGGAGAAAGACCACACAAGUGUCCUCACUGUGAGAAGAGCUUCAGCCAGGGAUCUCAUCUGAAGAAACAUAUGCGUGUUCACACCAAUGAGAGACCGUAUCAGUGCAGUGAAUGUGGGAAAACCUUUAAAAACUCAAGCUCUCUAAAGUCACACCAAAAUAUACACUCUGAUGAGAAACCGUUUCAGUGCAAACACUGUGACAAACGAUUCUGUAAACAAUCUCAUCUGAAUUGUCACGAGAGGAUUCACACUGGAGAGAAACCAUAUCUGUGCUCCUACUGCGGGAAGAGCUUUUCUGAUCCACGUACUUUUUUUUUUCAUCAGAGAAUCCACACUGGAGUAAAACCACAUCACUGCAGCGUCUGUGGAAUGAGUUUCAGUAAACAUAGUAUUUUACAAAACCACAAGAGGACUCAUACUGGAGAAAGACCGUUCAAAUGCUCACAGUGUGACAAGACUUUUGCUCGAUUAGACAUCCUUAAGGUCCAUCAGCGAGUUCAUACAGGAGAGAAACCUUACUCCUGCUCCAUCUGCGGCGAGAGAUUCGCUUAUUUAGGUAGUUUUCAGACCCACCAGAACAAACACACUAAAGAACAAACUGCUCCAGAAUCAUCAGAGAUGUUGAGCAUGAAAGCGCAGGUGGAUGUGGUCUGCUGUAAAUCAGUAGGAACUGAUCUGUCCAUGCUGGAUAUUGAGGAUUUCAUCACAGAAAUCUGUCAGCUGAAGAAAGAGGUGGCUUCACUGGAGACAAAGCUGAGAGAAAGAGGAGACAAACUGAACAGAGAGAUAUAUGGACUGAUUGUGUUUGUCAGGAUGUGGAGCAGGUUUCAGUGCGGUGUGACUGAUGGGACAGAAGCUCAGGAUUCAGUCUGGAGCGUCAGAGAUCAGAGAUCCAGAGACACACAGGACUCAGAGCUCAGCCUCACUUUACUCUGUUAUACUGACGCUCAGGAUCAUGAAUCCACUGAUCAAACCUCUGACUGUAACGCUGGAGAACAGAAGAUGCUGCAGACGCCGCUGAAGAUGUGCUCCGUCAAACUGGUGGACUGCAGGAACCUGAUCGAGAGCAGAGGAGAAGAAACCACCGCAGAGAAAGAACAACAACACACUGAUGAGGAAGAGCAGGAGGAUAUAGAGAAUAAUGAGGAUGAAGAUGAUGAUGAAGAUUUCAUUCCUCCAGAUGAUGAAGCCUGUUCAUCUUCUGACGGAGAAACAGACUUAACAUCAAAAGAGCAGCUGAAGAGUUUCUCCUGCAGCACCUGUGGAAAAACACUGAGUUCAGAGAGUAAUUUAGCGAGACACGAGAGAACACACACAGAACAGAAGGACUUCAGCUGUAGGAGAUGCAACAUCAGUUUUCCUAGCGCAGAAGAGAGGAGACUUCAUUCAAAAGAGCACAGCGGGAAGAAGGAGUUUCACUGUGAACAGUGUGGAAAGGUUUUUUUCAUUCAUUCUGUUCUAAAAAGUCACUUGAAGACUCACGGUGAAAAGUCUUUCCACUGCAGUGAAUGUGACAAGUAUUUCAGCACCAAAGGAAAUCUUGAUGCUCAUAAGAGAAUCCACACGGGAGAAAGACCAUACAAGUGUCCUCACUGUGAGAAGAGCUUCAGUUAUGGAUCUCAUCUGAAGACACAUGUGCGUUUGCACACCAAUGAGAGACCGUAUCAGUGCAGUGAAUGUGGGAAAACUUUUACAGACACAAGCUGUCUAAAGUCACACCAGAAAAUCCACUCUGAUGAGAAACCGUUUCAGUGCAAACACUGUGACAAACGAUUCCGUCAAAGAUCUAAUCUGAACUAUCAUGAAAGGAUUCACACUGGAGAGAAACCAUAUCUGUGCUCCGACUGCGGGAAGAGCUUUUCUGAUCCACGUUCUUUUGUAUUUCAUAAGCGAGUCCACACUGGAGAAAAACCGUAUCACUGCAGCGUCUGUGGGAAGAGUUUCAGUAAACAUAAUAUAUUUCAAAACCACAAGAGGACUCAUACUGGAGAAAGACCAUUCAAAUGCUCACAGUGUGACAAGACGUUUGCUCGAUCAGACGUCCUUAAGGUCCAUCAGCGAGUUCAUACAGGAGAGAAACCUUACUCCUGCUCCAUCUGCGGCGAGAGAUUCGCUUAUUUAGGUAGUUUUCAGACCCACCAGAACAAACACACUAAAGAACAAACUGCUCCAGAAUCAUCAGAGUGACUUUCAUCAAUCAAUCUGGGAAAAAAACUGAUAAUGUUCAUUGAGCUCUUCCUGCCAGUAGGGGGCAGUGAACUUUUUUUUAUUGCGGUGGAUUGAUCCAAGUGCUGUAUAUAAAGUCAUGUUUGAUAGAGUAGACCAAUGAUUUUUAUAUUAAACCAGACAGAACUAUUAAUAAUCAACAAAUUAAAAUACAUAAGUACCUGGAUUGCACAAGGAUGUUAAUCAUAUUUUAUGUGAUGAAAUGGCGUAAAGAGUGAAAGAGUCACUGGCAAUUUCACUCUUUUUUUCAUUGCUGGGAGGGAUUUAAAAGAGCCAUGAUUUAUUAAUUAUCCAUUUCAUCACUGUUCUUACAUAGCAUGUAUGCUGCCAUGUAAGGCAAGAUAUUUACUGGAUAGAAAUGAAAAAUUGUUUUGUGGCAACUGCUUUAACUUCACUGUAAUGUCAGAUAGAAUUAAAGUGUACGUGCAUUUGGA